AUGUGUGGAUAUGCUAUGGCACCUAUGUCAACAGAUUUAUUAUGUCUUUUGGCAACUACCACGGGAACAGGAUUAUGUGUAGCUUCAGCGAAUGCAUUUAAUCAAUGGAUAGAAAUUCCAUAUGAUGCACAAAUGUCACGUACACGUAACAGAGUUCUUGUACGUAAUGCUUUAUCACCUUUUCAUGCAUUCACAUUUGGUACAAUAACUGGAAUUGUUGGAGUAGGAAUUUUAUCAACAAUGGUUAAUCAACUUACAGCAAUAUUAGGAGCUUCAAACAUUUUUUUAUAUACAUGUAUUUAUACUCAAAUGAAACGAAUGACUAUAGCUAAUACUUGGGUUGGAUCAAUGGUAGGAGCCAUACCACCAAUUAUGGGAUGGGCGGCAUGUACAAAUAAUUUGGAAAUUGGAUCUUUAAUUUUAGGAUCAAUUUUAUUUGCUUGGCAAUUUCCUCAUUUUAAUGCACUUGCUUGGAAUAUGAGAUUUGAUUAUGAAAAAGCAGGAUAUAAAAUGAUGGUUGUAAAAAAUCCUUCAUUAAAUAGUAGAGUAUCUUUAAGAUAUGCAUUAGCAUUAUUUCCACUUAGUAUUAUGAUUCCUUUUACUGAAAUGACAACUUGGUGGUUUGCAUUAGAUUCAAGUUUAAUUAAUAGUGUCCUUUUAUUAGGAGCUUAUCGAUUUUGGAAAGAUUCAAAUGAUAAAUCUGCAAGAGAUUUAUUUUUCGCUAAAAUUGAAAAUUUUGUUGAUAAAGAAAUCGAAAAAGAAUUCAACGUUUCUAACAUUGAACGCAAACAACAUGAAGAGGAAAUUGGAUUCAAUUUUUCAUUUGGAGGUUGA